UUGGACCAAAUUCAUGCAUUAGUUUGGGUUGUAUUAUUACUGAGUCGCGGUUGGCGAUUAAAACGCAUUUCGCAAACAUAUUUAAUAAAAGUGAUGUUGGUUUUUAUUUCUAUUGCAAAUAGAUAACAUAAAAUGACGGACACGGCAGGUUAUAAUUCUAUUGAUGAUAGCGAUAUGUCAAGCUCAAUUGAUGAGCUUCGCAUGCGGUUACACGCAAUGCGCGAAUUGGCGGAAAAACGCUGCGGCAGCGGCAACGCCAACUCCGGCGGAAAUAACGACGAAGGCUUAUGGAGAACCCAAUAUCGUCGAAAUGGGGGCCUUAUAGAUGGUAGUUUUCUGAGCAUGGUCUUUGGGGGCGCACUCGUUGUAAUACUCAGCGUCAGCGUUUACGCAUUUUAUAAUCUUUAUCAUGCGAUAUUGAAGAAAUUUCCAUCGCCACAUACUGAACUAUAAGAUGUUAGAAACUUCUUAUACUUACAAUCGGGGAAUGAAAAUUGGAAUAAUGGCUUUGUUAAAGUGUAAGCCAAAAGCGCGUUUUGUAAUACUUAUAGUAAUGGGACGUUGGUUAGUUAAACAACUUAUAUUUCUUACCAGGA